AUGCCCUUUUGGCCGGGCAUCUCCUCUUUUGAGAGGUUCCGGCAUGAGGGUGCAGAUGUUUUAAAAGAGCAAUGGUCUCAGCAGAUUCCAGACAUCCUCCUCAACAACACGCAAGUCAUCAUUGGCGGCCAGUCCCAAAUUGUGACCAUCAACAGGCAAUGGCGUGUGGCAGUCAUUGAGCAAAGGAGUGUCAGCGGGUCCUGGAAAACCAUCUGGAACUACAACACGGGCGUCAUUGCAACCAAAAUCCCACAACUGAACACCUGCUACAUUUCCAUCAUGAACAGGAAUGAGAUGCCCCGCUUUGAUAAUCUGGCCCGCCUGGCACAGGAGAGCAGGAACCUGUUUGGUCUUGGAAGACCUACCAAGAAGAUCACCUUUGUCACCAACGGAUUGGUCAACAACCUCAACGCCUAUGGAAUAGACAUCACCGCUAUGUGCAGCGGACUCACCACCUACAUGGCUUACGAAGUUCACGCUUUCCAGGGACCCCAGGUGAAUCUGGGAUCGUGCAUUACCCUCGAUGUCCUGAGAGUUGUGGAGCUGGAGUACUGCAAGGGCAAUGGCAGUACCAAUUUCCCGGUGAGAAAACCUUAG